ACACUUUUGAAGGCUGUCUUUUAGUCAGCAAAGCAAUGUCUUCUAUGUUUAUAGCUUUUGCAGGUUUUAUUUCUCUACUUCAUACAGCUAAUAAUAAUCCAAUAUGCAAAUAUGAUAAAAGUGAGUUAAGCAAAUAUGUUGUUGAAAAUGAGUUAAAUAAAUAUGUUGAAAAUGAGUUAAGUAAAUAUGAUGAAAAUGAUUUAAGCAAAUAUGAUAAAACUAUAGACAAUAAUUUUUAUCAAAAUUCAGUUGAGUUUAAUCUAAAUUUAGAAGAAUCACUGCAAGCCUAUCAAGAUUAUGAGAAUAAUUUAGAAAAUUAUAGUGAGUUUGAUAAUAAUUUAGAAGUAGAUAAAUUUGGAAGUGGGUUUGAAUUAGUGGAUAGUUCAGGACAUGAAAAUAAAUUGGUAUAUAAAUUAAAAAGUAGAGAUGAAUUAGAAGAUUGUGAUGAAUUAGUGAAUAGCUUGAAAAGCAAAAAUAAAUUUUAUAAUAGUGAUAAAUUGAUAAAUAGGAAUAGUUUGGAAAGUGAAAAUGAAUUUGAGAACAAUGUUAAAUUGGAUAAUAGUUUAUGGAGUAGAAAUGAAUUUGAGAACAAUGAUAAAUGGGAGAAUAAGUAUAGAAAUGAAUUUGAAGACAAUGAUGAAUCAGAAAAUAGUUUAAUAAGUGAAAAUAAAUUUAAAAACUAUGAUAAAUUAGGAAAUAGUUUAGAAGAUGGUGAUGAGUAUAUGAGCAGACUUGAGUAUGAAAAUUCUAAUAAUGAGUUAAAGAGUAAUAGUAAUAAUUCAAUUAUAACAAAUACAAGUAAUACAAAUAUUGAAGAUAAUAUAUAUCUACUAGUAUGCAACUUUAUUUAUUUAUAG